CACCCUUUCUGCCACCGCACAAGUAUUCAAACAGAUUGUAGACCUCGACGAUACGAAUUGGACGCGUUUUCUUUUCACACCUUAUCGGAAGAUUGAUAUUUUCUACAUUUUUCUAUCAAGUCCAACCAAGAGAACAGCUGUUCUGCUAUGGCAAAAGGAGAGGGAGGUGAACAAUACUCCAACGCCAGUUUAUUGAAUAAACCGGUCAGCUCGGAUGGUAUCACACUCGCCAGGAAGCAGGAAAGGAACAGGUUGUCAGUCUGCAACAAGAUAUGCUAUGCCAUCGGCGGAGCACCCUACCAGAUCACAGGAUGUGCCCUGGGUUUUUUUCUGCAGAUCUAUCUACUGGACGUAGCUCAGCUCGAUCCCUUCUAUGCCUCCAUCAUCCUGUUUGUGGGCCGAGCAUGGGAUGCCAUAACGGACCCCACAGUGGGCUUCUUGGUCUCCCGAAGCCCAUGGACGCGGUUCGGACGCAUGCUACCCUGGAUCCUAAUCUCGACCCCUCUGGCUGUGCUUGCCUAUUUCCUCAUAUGGUACGUUCCCCCCUUUGAGGAUGGCAAAGUCCUCUGGUACCUUUUCUUCUACUGCAUCUUCCAGACCCUUCAGACUUGCUUCCAUGUGCCGUACUCUGCCCUCACCAUGUUCAUCAGCUCAGAGCAGAAAGAAAGAGACUCAGCCACUGCAUACAGGAUGACGGUGGAGGUUCUGGGCACCGUUCUCGGUACAGCUGUCCAGGGACAGAUUGUGGGUAUGGCAAACGCUCCCUGUCUCCCAGGACCCGGUGACCUCGUGGCAGACCUGAGCAACUCCUCAAACUCUGUCGGACUCAAUAACUCAGAGCCAGUCAUUUCCCUGGAGCACACGAAAGUGGCCUACAUGAUUGCUUCUGGUGUCAUCUGCUUAAUCUAUUUCCUCUGCGCUAUUGUGGUUUUCUUUGGUGUGAGAGAACAGAAAGAGUCUUGUCGCCCCAGGUCAGAGCCCAUGGGUUUCUUCCAGGGGAUUAAGCUGGUGAUGGGGCAUGGACCGUACGCCAAACUGGUCAUGGUCUUCCUCUUUACCUCGCUGGCUUUCAUGCUCCUGGAGGGAAACUUUGCCCUUUUCUGCAGCUCCACUCUGGGCUUCAGAAAUGACUUCCAGAAUAUCCUGCUGGUCAUCAUGCUCUCUGCUACUCUGGCUAUCCCCUUCUGGCAGUGGUUCCUGACUCGCUUUGGGAAAAAGACUGCGGUUUACGUUGGCACCUUGUCUGUGGUUCCCUUCAUGAUCCUGGUGGUGUGUCUGAAGAGUAACCUGAUUGUCACCUACAUUGUAUCCUUCGCUGCCGGAGUUGGACUGGCUACAGCCUUCCUUCUGCCCUGGUCUAUGCUGCCCGACGUUGUUGACGAUUUCCAAGUACAGAACCCAGACUCCACCGGCCAUGAAGCUCUCUUCUAUUCCUUCUACGUCUUCUUCACCAAGUUCGCCUCUGGAGUCUCCCUUGGCAUUUCCACUCUCAGUUUAGAUUUUGCAGGUUACAUCAGUAGAGGCUGCACUCAACCAGAAGCAGUGGAUUUAACCUUGAAACUGCUGGUUUCCGCCGCCCCCGUAGCUCUGAUCAUAAUCGGCCUGACAAUACUGUACUCGUAUCCAAUCAACGAGGAGAGGAGGCAAGGCAACCGCAAACUGCUUCAGGAACUAAGGGACAACGAAGCAGAUUCAGAAACGGACUCGACAGAACUGGCCAACAUUGUCUAGCACAUUUUUAGAGACCCACAGACCAAUCAGUUGAUCGACUGGUAUUUUGCACUGGACGGGACCAACGGAUGUGGGCCUGUCGGAUCAUACAGACACUGCCUUGUCCAAUCACACUGCUGCUGUUCCACAUCUAGAAACUUGACGACAAAACACUUUCCCAGCAUGAAAUUCGCUCUCCUCUUUUGUUCAGUCAGACAAGUACAAAAGCCUUACUUUUUGUAUAACAUACUACUUUUGAGUACUGUGCAAGACGGUUUCAGUUUAAAUUGCACAACACCAUGAAAUUUGGUGGGAGCAUGUUUUGUCAGUGCUGCCAUUAUUGGUGCUACUUGCUGGAGCUGACCAGUUUACAUCCUUGUACAUGACACAUGACCUUGAGCACUGCGCCAAAAACGACUUGGUAGUUCUGAGAUGUGAACAUUGUGAGAAACUUGAACAAACAGCCUUAAUUUCAGCCCUGUUUUGGGGUUAAAAAUAUCAAAACUGACAGUGUCAGUUACUUGCUCUUUUUUUUUUUUUUUUUUUUUUACAUGUUUAAAUGCAUUUUGUAAUUUUUACAAAUAAUCCUCAUAGUUUACUUAAGCCAGUCAGCCAGUUUGUUUCAGUGAGUUUCCAUCUCAUUCCCAUCCCGCUUUUUUUAUUUUAAAUAAGCCGUAAUAAUGUGAUGUUGGAACUGGUAUACAGUGACAGCUGUGCUCUGAAGGGCUCCUUUUUAGGUCUCCACCAUAGUACUGAAACCACUACAGUAGUAAAAGCAGUUAGUUCGCACACAUAACUGCAAUGUUUAUUCCAUCAAGUGCAUUACUCUCAUUAUGUUAUUUAUAGGACACCUACUGAAGACGGGAAAUGCUUCUUUCCUCUAAAUGCUUUAAUUUCCAUAACACUGAGAGUAACUGGAGCUACAGCCUGUACUAGUUUAGUGAUAUCAUUAUUUAAAUAUUUAUUAGUUUUAAUUUUUCUGUUUAUGAAUUAAUAUUUGCUGGGAAACCGUGCCUCUUGCAGUAUUUAAAUCUAUUUAAAGCCUGUGUGGUUCCAACUGAAUUAGAAGUUUCACAAUGAGGAAAAUGGGGAUGGGAGGCAAAUUUUAAAACAUUUACACAGCUUUUAAUGCAUGUUGCCAUCUCUACUGUCUUCGCUCCAUAAGCAUUCAAAAAGGGAAGCACAUGAAAGAAGAGUUUUGGAUGUUAUUUUUUUGUGUGUGUAUAUAUAUAUAUGUGUGUGUGUGUGUGUGUGUGUGUGUGUGUGUGUCUGUGUGUUCAUUGAAGGAACAGCCAGGAUGAUAUGUGACAUCAUCUCAAUCCUUGUCAUGAAAACGUGGAUUGCCAUAUUUCAUAUCUGUUGAUAUGGAAAUGUGUACAUACAGUGUAAUAUGUUAUACAUACUGUUACAUCUUCGACAUGUUGUUUCUGACAACUGGUUUGCUGAUGUGAAAAUGUUUCAUUAACUUUAUUCUUUUUUUUCUGACCCAGAGGUUCCUUACAUACUGUAUAUGCCAAUAUUGUGCCAUUUUCACUCACUACGCAUGUAAUAAUUGUACAUCCUGUAUAUCUCAUCCUGUUUUAUUUUGUCAGUGUUUUGCCUUUUAUGGAUCUGUCAGUGACCUGCCCUCGUGACUCUUGAGGCUGUAGCCAAAUGUGUGAGCUUUAAUCCCACAGGGACACACAGAAGCCUUUUGUACAUGCCUCCUGUGCAUAUGUAUAUAUUGUAUGUAAACCUGUAAAUAUCUUUGAUAUUUGUGGCUGCAAGUGAAAUGAACUUCUGUACACUGUACUGUAGUUAUUUAAGAAAAUGUUGAGAUUGAAAAAGAUAUUGUUAAUAAAUACUAAUAAGUGUACUGUGAAA